ACUACAUUAAAAAAAAAUAAAAAAAUCUAGAAGCCUCGCCCAGUAGACUAUAGACACACACUACCCACCAGUACUUUCAUUUCUGAUCCGAUUAAUUCCACAACCACUUUGUCCGAUCAGUCGCACCAGCUCCUAUAUAGGUGUUGUUGCUAAUUGGGGGUGUAGUUAGGAUGUCAAGUGGUGGGAAUACACAUUGGUGUUACCAAUGUGGGAGGGCGAUUAGGCCUCGGAGACGUAGCUUGGUUUGCCCUUAUUGCGAUGGGGGGUUUGUGCAAGAAUUGAGUGAAGUGGUGGGUGAUAGGCAGGAGGACUAUGGAGUUGAUAGAAAUGAUGGUUUUGAGUUUGGGUCCACGGAGCUCAUCCGUGACCCGAUGUUUGGGGUUAACAAUGAAUUGGCUACUUUUAUUAGGCAGAUGUUGAUGGGUGGAAACUCGGGAUUUGGUGGUCGGACGAGAUCAAAUAUGUUUCCCGAGUUUAUAUUACAUGGUCGUGGUCCGCGGAGGAUGUCGAGUGAUGAUGGAUUUGAAUUCUUUUUUAAUGGCUCUCCGCUUGGGAGGGGGCAUCAGCAUGCUAAUUUGAAUGAGUUUCUCAUGGGACCUGGCUUACAGGAAUUUAUUGAACAGCUCACUAGUAACGGUAGACGGGGUCCACCUCCAGCACCCAGGUCUGCAAUAGAUGCUAUGCCCACUGUUAAAAUCAGCCGCAGGCACUUAAGAUCUGACUCGCAAUGUCCAGUUUGUCAAGAAAAGUUUGAGCUGGGAUCUGAAGCAAGGGAAAUGCCGUGUAAUCAUAUAUAUCAUUCUGAUUGUAUAGUUCCUUGGUUGGUUGAGCACAAUUCAUGCCCAGUCUGUCGUGUGGAGCUUCCUCCUGUUUCAGGUAGUGCUCAUGGUAAUACAAGGUCAAGUCAUCAUAGCGAGACCGGCAACAACAGGGGCAACAGUUCUGAGAGGGAUAAUAGUAGACAGAGUCAAGGAAGGAGUCUGCUAUCAUCGCUAUGGCCUUUCCGCUCAUCAAACCAAGGGUCAGAAGCAGAGGGAAGUCGCUCUAGAGCUCCCUACGACGAGAACAGUGGAUCAAACUAUGCUGCUUGGCCUUUCAAUUAGUGAGGGCAAGAAGAGAGCUUUAAAUUGGCGAAGCAGGCCUUAAUUCAUUUCUUUCUCAAGCAUGGAGCGAGGUUCCUCAAGGUGGUAGUGCACUCAGAUAUUUCUCAUGUGUUAUGUAAUAAACUCUAAAUGUCUGCUUUGCUUGUUACAUUCUUGUUUUUGUGCCUUGUUAUGUACCGUUUUCAUAUUAAAUGUAAUGGUAUUAUAGAUUGUAAGAUGACUGUGCUUAAACAAUUUAACUCGAAGGUGUUUAUAUUAUGUAAAAGUUAGAAAAUAGUAAUUAUUUUCA